AUGAGUAAGUUCUUUGCUUUCUUACUAUUUAUAGGCUUUUCAUGUGCUUCAGUUCUACCUUCAGACUUUGCUUGGGGUGCAGCUACUGCAGCUUUUCAAGUUGAAGGAGCAUGAAAUGUUUCAGGACGUGGACCAUGCAUUUGGGAUUUCUUUCAAGAUUUCCCUAAUAGAAUUUAUAAUAACGAGACUGCUCAUGUUGCUGACGAUUUUUAUGAUAGAUAUCCCUCACUACCCCAAGAAAAGCAAAUUCUUGCUUAUUCAUAGUAAUUUUAGCACAAAAUUUUUAAAUAAAUUUAAAUUUGCUUAUUAUUUGAGAGUUUUCAGAUAAAAUGUGGUAUUUACACCUAAUAGCAAUGAAAUUUUGAUCUAUUUAUAUUCAAUUUCCUGAAAUUUUUGUUUGAGCCUCCACAAAUAAGCAAGAGUUUGCUUAUUUACUUGGGGGGAGUCAGAUAUAAAAAUUCUUCAACAGCUUGGAAUCAAAAACUUCAGGCUUUCGUUUUCCUGGACACGCUUACUCCCAAAUGGACUUGUGAGUAAUGUAAAUCAAGCAGGUGUGCAAUUUUAUAACAAUCUUAUUGAUGCGCUACUUUUAGCUGGGAUUCAGCCAUAUGUCACUCUUUAUCACUGGGAUUUACCACAAGCCUUCAACAAUUUGACAGCUCAAAGUACAUGGCUUGAUCCGGAUAUCGUGAAUAAAUUCAAUGCAUAUGCAGACUUUUGCUUUAAGACUUUUGGAAAUAAGGUUAAGUACUGGCUAACGCUGAAUGAAAUUGAAAGUAUUGCUUGGGGUGGAUAUGGGGUCGGAUCUGCAGCUCCUGGAAGAUGCAGUCCAAGCUUUGGAGACUGGUGCCAGCAAGUUGGAGGAGGAGGAAAUUCUUCUACAGAGCCUUAUCUUGUUGCCCACAACGCUUUAUUGGCCCAUGCCGCUGCAGUCCAAACUUACAGAAAAAAUUAUCAAAAAACUCAAAAAGGUAAAAUUGGGAUGACAAUUAAUAGUGGCUUCAAUUUACCAUGGGACUCAUCAGAUGAGGAUGAUUAUAAGGCAGUUCAAUAUUCGAUAGCUUUCCAGUAUGGGUGGUUUGCAGACCCUCAAGUAUUUGGAAGAUAUCCUACAGAAAUGAGUGAGCUCAUUACAGGUAAUAGACUUCCUACUUUUACACCAGAACAAUCAGCUCUUCUAAAAGGCUCUUAUGACUUUUUGGGCUUAAAUUACUAUGCGAGCGGAUAUGUCCAUUGGACAGGCAUUCCUGGUGACAAUUAUCAAAAUGAUGGGAGAUAUACUGGAAGCCCAUACAAUAAAACAGGGCAUCUAAUUGGUCCUUUUGCUGAGUCUACUUGGCUUAAUGUAUAUCCUCCUGGCCUUAGAAUGCUUUUGAACUGGAUUAAAGCCAGAUACAAUGAUCCUGAUAUAUACAUUUUCGAGAAUGGUGUCAGUGUUCCAGGAGAAAACGACAUGCCAGAAGCACAAGCAUUGAACGAUACUUUUCGAAUGAACUAUAUUUAUAAUCAUGUAUUGAAUAUGGUGGACGCAGUAGUCAAUGAUAAGGUAAGAGUUAAAGGAUAUUUCUUAUGGUCACUGCUAGAUAACUUCGAAUGGACUCAAGGGUUUAGCAUAAGGUUUGGAAUCACUUAUGUGAAUUAUAAUCAAAAUCUUACAAGGGCUAUUAAAAACUCAGCAUAUCUAUAUCAAAGCUUGAUUGGAUAUUUAGGAACUCAUCAUACAGAAGAAUUAAAAAAUGUUUCUCCAUACUCACUUAUUGAGAUGAAAAAGCUUGAGCAGCUAUCUUUAUCAUAA